AUGCGUCCCUCCGUCCCCCGCCCGCACGGCCCCCUCCCCCGCUCCCUCCGCACCACUGCAGCAGCCCGCCAGCCACGUGGCCCCCCCAACGCCGCCCCCCUCCCAGACACCCUCCAGCCAGUCUACACACACCUGGCCACCACUUUCCUCCCUCGCAAUCAACCCCUCUCUCCCGACCCCUCUGCCUCGCCCUUCACUCAUGUCAUUUCUUUCCCCCAAGGAUCCCAGGGGAGACCGCGUACAGACCCUGCUGACGAGAGAGAAGACCAGCCGAGUGCCCAGUCUCCAGAGACAGUCAUGGCACUCGCUUCUCCUUUCGAAGGAGGAGAGUUCUAUGUCAAAGACGCCGUACAGAAGAUGGCAAACGAGCUAGAUGCCGAUGUCGUGAAUCUCGACCUGGUUCUUGGUGUAGCCCUGGAUGGGGCCGCAUCUCCCUUGGGUAUCGAGGGCCCUCCUGCCUUGCCGUCCCCUAUCAACCCGGUGUAUCAGCCCGCACCCUCUCCUUUCCCGUCUUCGCCAUCUCGAAAGUCACAACAGGAUCUCGAAGGCGACGACCCCAUGGCAGGUCUGGGAGUCGCCGGCGUCCCCGUGGCCGUCCUGGGCGGAGGUGGUGGCUUCUCCGGUCUUCCUAUGCCUGGAAUGGGCGGAGAUCAUGCCGACGAGAGUCUGUUUCCAGGUCACAUCAACGAAGAAUGGAUCUCGUUCUUCUCUCGUAUCAUCAACACCCAGACGUCGUCUGAGACGACUGGCAGAAAGAGGAUCAUUCUUUUGGACUCGUCCGUGGCCAUGAGCAAGACGUUUUCGCUUUGGUGGCCAUCUUUGGUAGAAGCCGUACAGCGAAGGAGAAGAGGUCAGCUCAUGGCCGGGAGAAGGGCGCGCGCUUCAAAGGGCACCGCACCCGAGCUCUUGUACCCUACGACCAUCGUCCUCCAAUGCGCCCCGUCCCCUCUUCUCUCACAAACAUCCCCCUCUCUGUAUACGUCAACAGACAAAGAAGAUAACGAGAUUUUGGAUGACGCGGAAGGUGCAGAAGACGAAAAUCCAGAUUUCGACUCGCAGGCAAGCGCUGUCAUGUCGGCUCUCGAGGACAAGCUCAGAGGUUUGGGAUUCAAUGUCCAUCACCAGGUAGAAGUUGUCAAGCCGAAAGCUGGGCCUAGAUUAUGGUGGGGAAGCGAAGAAGGUGAUGCAGCGGGGAGAAAAGAAGGCGACCAGUCCAGGCUUCGAGGCAUCCUGGGUAAAAACCUCGCUUCCAUAUUGCCAUCAUUCGAUGGUGAAGCUCGUGAAUCACAGCCCGACCACCCUCUGAAACGUCUCCUGGGUCGUUUAGGCCCUUCCCCCGCCGAUCCUGCCGAGAACAAUGCCUCGCCGCUUGUCUGGAAAGCCUACCCCAUCAUUCCCCUUCAACGCAAUUUUGCUGCCGAAAAAGAAAGCCGAGCAUCGCGUAAGCGUUUGUAUACUGCUGCGUUGCUCACGCGGGCGGUCCAUCAGCUUGGCGGAGAGUUGAAGGACCCACUGCAGGUCUUAGAGGUCAGUGAGACGACCGGCAAGCCCUUGACCAGGAAGACCGAGCUGAGCGGCAUUGGCAAGGGCUGGGGUAACAGCGUAGUAUCUUGGUCUAAUGCUUUGCAUAUGGCUAGUAUUGCACUCGGGAAAGAGGCGAUCAGGCAAGGCAAAGACUUGAAGACUGCCUCGAUCUCUGUCACAUGGGCAGACAUCAUCGAUGCGUCAAAGGCUAUGGCUGAAGAAAAGGUGCAAGCGGCCAACCAAAUAUCCAGCCACUUGUCCAUGGGUGGCAAGAAGGGUUCCAAGACGACCCAAGGUCCCGAGGUCGAAAGUCAGCCUCAGCCUCUAGUCGAUCCCGUAGUUGAAAAUCUCAAAAAGGAUAAAAAAUUGGGACAGCACGAAAAGCGGUUGCUGAACUGUAUCGUCGACCCCACCAAGCUCGCCUCGACCACAUUCAAAGACGUUCAUCUGCCCGAUAAUACUGUGGAUGGUAUCAGGUCGAUGAUUUCUUUGCCGCUUCUCUAUCCAGAGGCAUUCAGAGGAGGUGUCUUGAAAGAUCACGCAACAACGGGAGCACUUCUUUUCGGCCCACCAGGUACUGGUAAGACGCUGUUGGCUAGAGCCGUAGCAGCGGAAAGUGGUGCUAGGAUGUUGGCGGUGCAACCGAGUGAUGUGAACGACAUGUAUGUUGGUGAAGGCGAGAAACUUGUAAAGGCCGUCUUCUCCCUCGCCCGUCGAUUGUCUCCUUGUGUCGUGUUUCUCGAUGAAGUCGACGCCCUCUUUGGUGCUCGCACUUCCCGAGGAUCAUCCGGAAGCAUGUCGCACAACCUCAUUCUCACUGAAUUCAUGCAGGAAAUGGACGGUCUCUCUUCUGCGAUCGCCAACAAAGACAAACGUGUCGUAAUCGUGGGUGCUACCAACAGACCCUUUGAUCUAGAUGAUGCGGUCCUGAGAAGAUUGCCCAGGAGGUUGUUGGUCGAUCUGCCCGGGGUGGAAGGUCGAAAAGCCAUCUUGGAGAUCCUGUUGCGCGGGGAGGAGAUCGGAGACGACGUGGAUUUGGACAAGCUUGCCAAUGACACCGAUGGGUUCUCGGGGUCCGAUCUCAAGCAUUUGUGUGUCAGCGCUGCCAUAUCAGCCGUCAAGGACACCGUCCCCAUCCCCUGGCUCAACGGCUCGGACACCCCAUCGGCACCUACUUCCGCCUCCGAUAUUGCAGCUGAAAGCUCCCUGAUGGGUCGCGCUGGUAGUGAUGGUGGACAGACCGAAGUGUUGGUAGUCCCGACCGACGGCGGUGGAGGAGGCAGGAAGAAAGCCAAGGUGGCCAAAGAGAAGGCGCCAGCGUCUGCCACGACUGCCCACGUUACUUUCCCACAGGUGGCAGCUCAGCCGGAACCGGUUGAAGAGAGCAACGCUGGCGAACAGGAAGGUGUCGGGCAGGUCCUCCAAGAAGAAACAGAGGCUGGUGAACAGCUCUUGUCUGCCGAAAAAUCUAAAGCCAACCUCCCGGAUGAUUCUGAAGCCCCCGCUCUCGAACCGGCCUCCGAGAACGCUGCCGAGCUCCAGCUUCCGAAGAGAGUGUUGCUCAGCAAGCACUUCAAGGUUGCGCUUUCAGAAAUCAGACCAAGUGCUUCUGAAGAGGGUUCUUUGCCAGAGUUGAGAAAAUGGGCAGAGCAAUUCGGAGAAGGCGGCAAGAGAAAGGGAAGAAAGAGUGGAUUCGGCAAAGGCUUCGGGUUUGGAGACCUGGAGGAGACGAAAGGAAGGCAGGAGGGAGGAUACGGAAGAGUGAGGGGCGAUGAAUAG